AUGCAAGUGGAAGUCGACCCAACAGAAGAUACCGAAUGGAAUGACAUCCUUAGAGCCAAGGGGAUUAUUCCUGAAAGACCACCCUCACCAACUCAGCAAUUGGAAGACGCCCUUCAGGAGGCGGUGCAAAAAGCCCAUGACAAUAGAUUGGAAAACAAGAACUUCGAUGAAUUAGAAGAACUUGAAGACGAAGAAGACGAAGACUUCUUGAACAUUUAUAAGCAGAAACGGUAUGCGGAAAUCAAGAAAUUAACGGAAAAGUCCAAGUUUGGAUCAGUCUACCCAAUUUCCAAAACCGAGUACCAAGAAGAAAUCACCGACGCCAGUGAGGAUACGUUUGUGUUCGCUCAUCUAUCCUUAAGCUCCAAAUUGCAAUCGAGGCUUUUAUCGGACCUAUUCAUCCAGCUCGCCAACAAGUUCAGAGAGUUGAAGUUUGUGGAAAUCCCCGGUGCCAGAGCCAUUGAAAACUACCCAGAAUCAAAUUGUCCUACAUUAUUGAUCUAUCACAAGAAACAGGUUAUCAAACAAUACAUAACAUUGGUGCAGCUUGGUGGGAAUGCCACUAAGUUGGCAGACUUGGAAAAUGUUCUUGUGGAAAUCGAGGCCGUUAAGCACAGCGAUGAACGGCUAUUGAUGAAUCAAGAAGAUGAUGAUUUGAAAGAAGCUUAUAGAUUAAGGUUUGUCAAGAAAUCUAUAAGAGACUCCGAAAACAAAAAUAAUAAUGAUGAUGAUGACGAUGAUGAUUUUUUUGAUUAG